CCAUGGACGGUUGUGGUCUAACACCGGUCUUGGACUAUACGGCUGAGAUGGAGCGAUACCGAUCUUUCGCUAACUUCUAUGCUAAAACUAACGUGAACAUGAACGCUGUUAACAGCAUGAAUUUCCCUCAGUCGGCCAAGCUUGCCCGCAUCACUCCUCCCAUGUUCCCCGGCGGCAGGCUUGGGGUGGGCGUAGCGGGAGUGACGCCUUGGGGUUGCCAUGAUAACGUCAACAUGAACAUCAACGCAGCGGCGAUGCUGUGGGGGCGGAAACCUCCCGUACAUCAGGCCACACCCCUGUCUCCUCCCACAACGCACCCGUCACCCUUGGCAACGCACAUGCAGCCCCACCCCCACCGGACGGGUGGCGGAGAGGGGAAGCAGCACGGAGGACAUGGAGGACACGCCUCUUCCUCACAGGGACAGGAAACGCAUCAUCACCACGGGAAUAACAACUUCCUGUCGGGCUACACGGCCACCGAUCACAUGACCAAACAAGGCCACACCCACCAGGACAUGCUCAGCCUAUCAGAUCGCAACAGCAGCUGCAAUGGAGGAGGAGGAGCCAACGGGGUCAACAUGUCCAACUUCCCCGCUGGAAUGUUGGGGUUACCACCCGGGGUCAUCGUCAUGGCGAUGGGGUCGCACAAUGGCGUCAACAUUCCAGACUCCUCCCACUUCCAGAUGGCGACCAACCACAACCAGAUGCUAUCGGACUGCCACCACGCCAACCAGACUAACUCCUCCCCCUGCCCCUCGACUUCCCCGGGGAUGACCUCUGGGGGUCAGGGGUCAGGAGCCUCCAAGAGGAAGAGGAAGCGGUGUGGAGUGUGUGCUCCCUGCAGACGGCUGAUUAACUGUGGGGUGUGUUCAGCCUGUAGGAACAGGAAGACGGGGCAUCAGAUCUGUAAGUUCAGGAAGUGUGACGAACUGAAGAAGAAGGCUGGGAGUAUACAGCUAGAGAGUCCUCCCUCGGUGCCCAGUGGAGAAGCUUUCAGAUGGUUCUUCUAGAGGUCGAACAACAACUGAAAAGGAUAACUACUGCUACUCUAGAACUAGUCUAUAACUAGUCUAUAACUAGUCUAUAACUAGUAACUUUUUUUCAGUUCUUCACCUCGUGACUGGUUCCUCUCUUACCAUAGAAAUAGAGUCUAUAGAACUGGCCCCCCCACCCCUUCCCCCAGUCAGUGAUGUCGUGAUGGGACCCGAGAUUCUGUCUCUAUACUCCUCUACCUCCUUUCACACAAACACAAAAUAAAAAAUAUAUGUUCUGACUCUUCCUCACUUUAGCCCAGUCAGUCCGAUGUGUUUUUAGGACAGUACACGACUUGCAGUGGAGCAGAAACCUUUUAGAACCCAGGAGGUUCCUCUCAUGUUCUGAUGUUCUACAACUGAUGUCACAGAACGUUUCCCGGGUAACACGUUUAGGCCGUGUGUUCAAAUGGCACCCUAUUUCCCUGUUUGAACUUUACAUAUACUGCAUUAUAUAGAGCAUUACUUUGAAUGUAGUGCACUGUGGAGGGAAGAGGAUGCUGUUUGGGACCCUUUUCGCUGAAUAAGCCCCUCCUCUCUAACUGGCUUGAACCCUUUUUGUCAAAUAAGCCCCUCCUCUCUAACUGCCUGGAACCCUUUUCACUGAAUAAGCCCCUCCUCUCUAACUGCCUGGGACCCUUUUCACUGAAUAAGCCCCUCCUCUCUAACUGGCUGGGACAUUUUCACUGAAUAAGCCCCUCCUCUCUAACUUCCUGGGACCCUUUCAUUGCAUACGCCCCUCCUCUCUAACUGCCUGGGACCCUUUUCACUGAAUAAGCCCCUCCUCUCUAACUGGCUGGGACCCUUUUCAUUGAAUAAGCCCCUCCUCUCUAACUGCCUGGGACCCUUUUCAUUGAAUAAGCCCCUCCUCUCUAACUGCCUGGGACCCUUUUCAUUGAAUAAGCCCCUCCUCUCUAACUGCCUGGGACCCUUUUCAUUGAAUACGCCCCUCCUCUCUAACUGCCUGGGACCCUUUUCAUUGAAUAAGCCCCUCCUCUCUAACUGCCUGGGACCCUUUUCAUUGAAUAAGCCCCUCCUCUCUAACUGCCUGGGACCCUUUUCAUUGAAUACGCCCCUCCUCUCUAACUGCCUGGGACCCUUUUCAUUGAAUACGCCCCUCCUCUCUAACUGCCUGGGACCCUUUUCAUUGAAUACGCCCCUCCUCUCUAACUGGCUGUCGCAUGGAUUAUAACGUGUUUUGUUUUUUGAAAGGUUACAAAACGUUUGUAAAUUGACGUCGUGAUUCCUCCAUGUGUCGAGUAAUAAAAUGGUUUUAAAUAAUG